AUGACCACCCCGAUGCAGCGGCCGACGCUGACAAACGUCCACAUCCGCUCCGCCACCGACGCCCACAAGCUCUUCUACGCGGUCCAGGUCGGCCUCCUCCCCAAAAUCGAAAGACGCCUCGACGCAAACGAACGUGCCGCCCUCCGCCCGGGCGAUGUCUACGUGUGGGAAGAGAGGGGACCCGGCUCAGACUCGUUCAGCGUGAGCAUGGAGCGGUUCACAGAGGGCAAGUCCUGGACGGCUUCGCGUGUGCGAGAGGAUUUCCUCAUGUAUUUCGAGAGCCCCCGCAAAGGAAAGGGGAACGCCAGGACGUCUGAAAACCAGGUCGUCCGCCCUGGGGAACAAGACCUGUACAUCAAGCUCACCUAUUCAGUCAUCCGCGAGGACCUCAUGGAAGCGUCCCACUCAAAAGACCCCGCCGACAAGCUCAAGAAACCUCCAAAGUGGCACAUGAACGCCUACUUUACGAAGUUGACCGAGGGCCAGCUGCGCACGAUCGACGACAUCCCCCAGGUGCGCGACCUCGUCGUGCCCGAGGGCAUCUUCAGCAGCGCGCGGACGGCGAAACCUGGCAAGCGGGGCGAGGGCUCGCGCGCCUCAAACUCCACCGUCAAGCGCAUGUACGCCCCCUUCCCUUCACAUCCCACCCGCCGCGCGCGGUCAAACGACACUCCGCCUCCGCCGUCUCUUCCCCCCGGGCCCAGCUCGCUCGCGGGCACGGCGGCAGCUUACAGCGGCCCCCAUGACCCCCACCUCCCGCCGCCGCCAGACGCGUUUCCGGCAGGUCCGCUCCCUCUACACCCACCUCCCGACCACGCCUCCGCGCUUCCCUACUUCUCUACUUCUGAGCAGCAAUCAUUCAACUCGCUGUCGCACGCCCUCUCGGAACAAUUCAUGUCACCCGACGACACCAAGCCGAUGCUGCUGCCGACGGGCUCGACGUUGUCUUCGUUCGGCACGGCUGCAGUGAACCAGCCCACGCCCCACUACGGUUGGAACACCGAUUCGGGCUACGCAGCUACCGCACAUCGUAUGUCGAACUCGCGCUCGCCCAGCUUCUCCGAUGGCUCGAGACGUUCAACGAACUCCCCUCCCUCGCCUCUGAACAUGUCGCCCACCCUGUCCAGCGCAUCGACAUCGUCCCAGGACUCCCCCAUGCUCGUAGCGCAGACGCCGCCUCUGUGGGACAACGGCGAGCCGUACAAACCCGCUCCGCUGCUGCCCGCCAACGACGACAUGCUCACGCCGCGGGUGGACCUCGUCCCGCUCGAGACGCUCCCUCGGAGCCAUGUAUACCGGCGAAGCCCGACGGACGAUCGGGCGCUGCGCUUGCUCGCCCUGGGCCCCGGCGCGCGUUGAAUCGCGCUCACCUGCGCCCGGGACGGGGCGUAACAGAUUCGGAGGCGAGGCUACUCGACGCAGCUGCGGGCGCCGCGGCGCGCAGAUCCAUGAUGGCGCCCGGGUCCGCGACCGGCGAGGGCGCGCUAUCUAUGGCCCGCACCGAGGUCGAUGCGACGGGGCCGCACCUGCGCGCGGCGCGCAUCACCCCGCUAGGAUCCAGGGCGCCGCCCCCGAAUUGCUUGACGCGCGUGCAUGCGCGUUGUACCACCAGCGAGACUGCUCAUAGACGCACCCGAGGGACUCGGACGAUCCCGGCCUGUUCGUUUGUUCGCAUAUGUGGAUUUUGCGCCGCGGGGAGGAGGGCGAUCGGAGGGGGGAGGGGGUGAUGCAUGUGUACGUAUACCACCAGCAUUCGGCCAUCGGACAAUUUGGUCAGGACAUUCGCAUAUAUGGAAUCGCGGCCGCGAACGGGGGCGACGAUACCACCCCGCUCGUGGCUGCGCGUAGUGUACAUAAUAGCCGGGGAUCGUAAGGACCCCGUUGUAGCAGUAAC